AUGGGCUGCACCGUGAAACUGGUGGGGCCUGAUAUGACGGCCGGCAUGGAGCUGACGAUGGCGCUGCAGGACACCAUUUGUGACUUGAGAAAGGCCGUGUAUGACCGUCUGGCGGCGGCCUCCGCACCAGCAAACGAGAGUGCGGGGGCGAGCGCCGCGCCCGCCGGCGCAGCCACCGCGCCGCAGCAGCAGCACCCGAAGCUCGAGCAGCUCCGCGUGAUCUAUCAGGGCCGCUUCGUCUCGGACGACAAGCCCAUCAAAGGCGCGCGCCCCUCUCCCUUGCGUGUGCCCGGCGGUGGAAGAGGGCGAGGCGAGGAGGUUGCAAAGCUGCGAGACGCACGCCCCCCCCCCCCCCCCCCGGGGGCGCGCGCUCUGCCGAGAACCGCCGCUUUCUCCGCGCAGAACUCAAGGUGGAGGAAGGAGGGACGACCUGGGUGCACAUAA